GGGCGAAAAACAACGAUUUGUGGACCGUCGACCAUAUUAUUGAUCUCGUUCGAGUGAAAAGAGACUAGGAGUUGCGUCUCGCCAGCUUGGGCCACAACUACGGACGCAUGAAGAUGAACUAUUAGAAGAGGGACGAUGUCGAGAAGAGGCUGAAGCAUGUGGGAGUGAUGAGCAGGAAGGCUAUGGACUAUAAGAAAAAAUGGGACAACAUUUUCCAGCAGCCCAAGACCGUGUACAAGUUCAUGAGUGAAUCUCGGAAGGAGGAUUUUUUCACAUUGACGCCGCAUGAGAGAAAGGAGAAAGGCUUCGAGUUUCAAAUUAACCGCCGUGUGUAUGAGGAUAUGAAGGCGAUGACUUGGGGCGAUCACAUUGUCCACCCCACAAGCCUUGUCGACAUAGGCGCGCCUAGAGGGUUUCUGCCCCCCUGUGCCAGUAGGAACGAAUCCGUGGCUAGCAAGGGAGGCGGGGAUGGACAAAACCAUGAGAACGGAUCGACGAAGGAGUCCUCCUUCAGCACGGGGAGCGGGGGUGGGGGCGGCAAACGGAAGAAUUUGAGACAACUGAUCUUUGAGGUGAUCGGCGACGUCAUGGACAAGCACGGGAAGUUGAUGGCGGCGACGGUCGACAACAUGAGCAAGAGGCAGUGCUCCAAUUUGACGGGGCACUGCGACAUUCUGGAGAGGGAGGUGGAUGUGCAGAAGGAGCACUACGAGAAGGCCGACCAGGCGAACGUCAUGAUAUGCAAUGCCCUCCUGGACAUUGUGAAAGCCAUCCGUGAGAGGUCUUAAUGUCGUGCGCUGAUACAUCUUCGAAGUCUUCCCGUCCGCCAUCAUGUGUGUUGGUGACAGGACAUCGACAUCCGGCGAUUGUCGUAAGCCAGUCCUCGUGUUGACGUGUUGUCCCGAUCAUGGUCGCGGGGUUGGCCCACAUGCGGCCCUUCGCUCCGAGAGACUCCUCCAAAAGCGACUCCUCACGUAGGUGUAAUUUCGUGUACAUUAAGGAACUGCAUAGUCCGUGUCACGGAUGCGUCGCGCCCAUCGCUGUGUGUAUUGCACUGUCUUGGUUCCGUAGGGACAGGGAGGCGAUGUACUUCUUGUGCAUCCUGGGUUGGUAUUUUUGAGUUUUUUUACGACGAGCAAUGACAGUCACGUCCAUCCCCGUGUCAUCGUUGCUGCGUCCUGUCUUGUCCUCAUCCAGGCGUGUAUUGUUGUAAAUCAAAUUUUCAAAGAUGA